GCCAGUAGUGUUCAAAAAAGCUUGGUUAAAUUUUAGAAUUAUUUGAUAUUUAGACGAUAGAAGACGUGGCAAACUGAGUCUCUAUUAUUGUCUGAAGUGGAUUUCUGUUUGUGUGUUGAUUUCAUUUUUGCUUUGAGCCCAAUCUCCGACACACAUCUCUCUGAACAGUUCGAGCCAGAGGCUCGACAUUGACCAUUGUCCAUCUCUUUUAUCCAAAAUGACUAGUUGGUAUCAGAGUGUUAAAUCAUAUAUUGUUAAGCCACCUCCUCCACCUAAAGAGGAAAUGUCAGAGGCAGACGAUGUCAAAGAAAAUGACGCCCCAGAAAUAUCUGCUAACAAGAAAACAGAUGAAGCACAUGAUCCAAGUCAACAGCCUGGAAUACUGUGGCGUAUGUCUAGUGGGGUGUAUAACACAGCAAGCGGAGCUGUUGGGAUGGGUGUUGGAGGGGUAAAGUGGGCAGCAGGAAAGGGUUAUGAUGUUGUGAGCAAGGUACCAGUCCCAUCAGUGCCAAGGUUACGCAGGAAAGACAAAAAUGAAUAACAAAAAAUCACCUAAAUCAAAUACAGUUUCCCAUGAGAGUUGUGACUUAUCAUGAAAUCAGUUUGCCAAAAAUUUCAUGAGAUUUCUAUCUUCAGAAAUUACGAGACUGGUAACUUAAACCCCUAGUGCCAGAUUCCAUUGUUGUAAAUGUCACUCUAGUGCCAGAUUGUUGUUAUAUCUGACACUCCCAGCGCCAGACAAUUGUUGUAACUGACACUGUGGAUGCGUUUUCUUCACUUCCUGGUGGCCACUGGAUGGGGUUGUGAUCUCUGGUGUGUCGAUGUGUUGUCCACUGGAGAAGAUUCGUGGCAGCAGUCUGGUGUUGGUGAAGUUGGUAGUGUGUUUUGUAGUGUCCUAACUCGGGCGACUUGAUGUGAUUUCUGGAACGUCGGAAUGGUAUACUGUGCCCUCCAGUGGCCACUGAAUCUGCAACCAGUGGCAGUCGGAUUAAAAUAUGGAUUACACUGUUUAGUUCCAGACAGGUGUUGCAACUGACACUUGUGAUGGCAGACUGUUGUAACUGACACACCUAGUGCCAGACCAUGGUUGUAUCUAACACACCUAGUGCCAACCAUUGCUGUAACUGACACACCUAGUGGCAGACCGUUGUUGUAACUGACACACCUAGUGGCAGACCAUUGUUGUAACUGACACACCUAGUGGCAGACCGUUGUUGUAACUGACACUUUUGAUGGCAGACUGUUGUUGUAACUGACACACCUAGUGGCAGACCAUUGUUGUAACUGACACACCUAGUGGCAGACCGUUGUUGUAACUGACACUUUUGAUGGCAGACUGUUGUUGUAACUGACACACCUAGUGCCAGACUGCUGUUGGUAUGGUGAUUUUCAUUCAACAAGAAUAUUUGUCUCAUGAAAAAUGGAAGCUAAAUAUGACUUUUUGGAAGAAGAUUUAUGUGUGGAAAAUUUUGUAGGGAUACUAAUAACAUAUUUUUGUGUCUUUUUUUUUUUCAUUUACUCAUCAAUUUCUUGUCAGUGCAGAAGAUCUGUAGAAGUAGUAUUUUGCCAGAAAGUAUUUUGUGCUACAUGUACUAAGAUAUCAUUCAAUUAAUGGAAUUGUAAACUUUUAAUGAAUGACAGAAAGUCAGAAAAAUUAAGUUCCACCAUGUAUUUUAAAAUUUUACACAUGUGUAUGGUAUGUUAUACACUCUGAAUGAUUUUGAAUGGACCAUUUUUUGGUAGUAAUACUUUUGUAUCUCAACUGAAAUAGCAAUAGUGAUAGAAAUGUCGGUGCCUAAUGAUAUCUGAAUUACUGGUAGUGCAAUUUUAUUGUUAUUUUGUGAAUGCUAACAUUGAUCAGAUCUCCAGGCAAGAGUAUUUUCAUUCUCAACCUACAUGCCCUGGCCAAAGAUGGUCACUAGGUCAGCUGUGGCAUGCUACCUGAAACUGGAUCUUUAUUAAAGUUGUGUGAUUGUCAUAUGGAAGAGUGCAGAGUACAUUUAGAUGUCUUUGCAAAAAGAUGUUUGAAACUGGGAGGACAUGUUAAUAAAGUUAAAGUUAAUUAACCCCAGUUUUUGUGAUAAUUCUGUUUUAAAAAAAAAAAAAACGCCACAAAACUUGCUUACUGUAAUUAUGAGGAUCAUAUGACAGUUGCUCUUGGUUAUACUAGUUACAAGUGUUUGUUGUUGUUCCUAAAAUGUAUGACUGAAUUCUACAUUGUUGAUGUCUGUGUACAUACAUGUAUGUUUGUGAAAAGAUGAAAAGCAAACUAUAAAAAGUAUAUGCUUUGUUAUAUUUUAGUAUGGUACCAUAGACAUAUUGACAUUAGUGUUGUACGGUUCAUACUAACAUUAUUAGUAGGCUAAUUUGUAUUUACCAAAGGUUUAAUUUUUCAUUUAUGCGCAUGCAAUGUUCUGUUUCAGUAUUUCUGGAAUAGUUUGGCUUAUUUUAUUUUAACAUGCUACAAACAGAUUCUGUCAGCUUUGACAGAUCUGUAAAUGUGUGACCGACAGAAAACUUUUUGUUUUGCGAGCUUUGUAGUGCAGACAGAAACAACCCUACAUAUCCACCAUGUGUCAUGCAGUUGCAUAUCAAAAUGCGUAGUAGAUUUUGAAAUACAUGUACUCCUUGUUUCAUCCCCCCUACCGCCACCUAUUUCCCAGAAAGGCAUUUAUGUAUAUGGACUUAAUUUUUGACUGAUGCAAAAAUCUACAGCAAUUGUCAUCGUGCACCCUAGCCCCCCACCCCUCCCCCUCCCAAAAAGCCAUUUAUACAUAUAGAUUAAUUUUUUGAAUGAUGUAAACGUCUGCUGUCAGCUUGCAGUAUUUUUUUGAAUGUAAACUACUUAUAUUUAUGGCAAAUUUCUUUUUGUUGGUACAGAAAUGGUUAUUGAACUUGCACUGUUUGGUGCAUGUACCUGUUUAUGCUUAUACAUGUAGGUUGUAAAUACCUAAAAAAAAUGUUGUUUUUAUGUCAUUUUGGUGUUUUAUUUUUAUGCUUUAGCAAAGCUGUCUAGUCAGUGGUUUAUUGAAUUUGUUGCUAUAGCUGAUAAGGUUUUUGUUUGAGCACAACUACUAUGAUUUUUCCUUGCCAACUUAUUGAAGCACUAUGUAUCCAGCAAUUUUGAAGUGAAUCCUAAACAUGUCAACGCAUCCAAAGGUUUUAAAAAGGGCAAAUAGAGGGUUGUUCAACCAUCCACUUUAUCCAACUUCAGUUCCGUCAUUUAGUUAAUUUACAGUUUUAGCUCUUUCUUCAUACCAAGAUGAAAACGCAGAGACAUUCCUGCAUUCAGGUUGGCAUGAUGUCUUAUUGUAGGAUCUGACCUGAGACAAAUUUCAAAAUACAAAAAAAUAGACCAUUUACAUAUGAUGUGUAAAAUAAGUUGUUGAUACCCGAGCAGUAAAUUGGUUAUAAUUUAGGAAGGCAAUCCAGAUCAUUUUGGUAAAUCGAACUGUAACUCUUGUUUUAAAAGGCAAAGGCUUUGGAGCUGAUGUAGGCGUAAUUUUUUAAAGUGAAGUGCCAGUUGGUUUUGCCUGUAACGACAGUGAAAACCAUUCGGCUUGCAUAGACCCUUACAUAGUGUGGUCUGUACUUGAGAAUCACGAGAUCUUCUGCAUUAAGACAGCUCAAAUCUAUGCACCUCACUAGGAUAUAUGUCGUACCUCAAGUUUUUCGUGUCAUAGUUUGCCUGGAACUGUCGAGCACAAGUUUAAGUUUUGUACAUUCUUGUUCAUUUAAUAGAUAACAUGUUGACUGGCAUCAGUGUUUUACUGUGUUCAAGUGUAGGUUACAGAUAAGUACAGUGUAUAAGGAAGUUUACAUUACUUGUAUAUAUGUUUACAAAAUAUGUCAAAUGCAGAUACAGUUCAGAACAGUCAUGGGAAAUUUGGUGAUAUAAAAUACUAAAAGAUAUUAAAGAACAUGUGCUGUAUAUUUGGGAAUGUCUGACCAUUUUGAGAAUACAUCUACUUAAAUUUUCCAUAGGAAGUAGGACACACUCAUUCUUGAUGUGAAUCAUUCAGUUGGGGUAUUCAGUGGUAAAUGCAAGUCUCCAAUCUUGAAAUCAAUUUUUUUGUGGUCAGACAAAUUGUGGUUUUUGCAAAGAAUACAAGUCUACACAGAUAUAUUCUUUCGAGCUUGUUAAUGUACACCUAUAUAAACAUGAUUUGUAUAGAAUGCAAAACACAUUCUGGAAUUUUGCAGAGAAAACAAUUCUGUGUUAACAUGUGGAAUUCUCUAGUGAAAGUACUUCACAUAAAUAUAUCUCAGGUUGGAAUUAUUUUGUGGGUAUAGGCCAGCAUGAAUAUAUUGUGGAAUUGUGCAAGAAAACGGACCCUUUUAAGCAUAUUGUGGAAUUCUGUGUGGAAUGCAUGCCUUUAUAAGCAUGUUAUGGAAUUCUAUAUGGAAUGCAUGCCUUUAUAAACGUAUUGUGGAAUUCUGUAAGGAAUGCAGGCCUGUAUAAGCAUGUGGUGGAAUUCUGUAUGGAAUGCAGGGCUACUUACAUGUAAGCAUGUGGAGUUGUGUAGGGAAUGCAGAUUAUAUAGUUAAGCUUGGAAUUCUGUAAGCAUGCAUACAUAUUGUUGAUUUCUGUAGUGAAUGCAAGUACAGUAAUGACACACUGAAGUAUACUUGUGGAGAAAUGCUGAUGCAUUCAUCUUGUUGAUGUUCUGUUAGACAAAGUAUUGUCUUGAAAAUGCUACUGUUUUAUAAAAUUGGGCUUCAACUACCACUUUUUCACACAGGAAACAUUAUCAAACUUGUUACUCAGAUCUGCGAGGAAUCGUUGCCAUUUCAUAUUGAUUUCGUUGAAUAUGGGAGACCUGUUUUUCACAAAAGCUAUGCAAUGCAUGUGCCAGGGUACGGUAUUACCAGAGUUUUGUCAAUACUUUCAGUGUUGAUUUACAUGUUGGUGACUUGCUCAAAUUAGCCUUUAGCUUCGCUAUUAGAUGAUCAUAUCUUUUUGAUACUGAUCACAAACAUUGCUGCUGCUGCUGCUUCAUUUUAGAAGAAUUUAUUGAACCCAUGAAAUGGUCUUGCUGUAUCAGAAAGUUUUCAUGUACAUGUGAUGUUCCAAGUGCAGAGAAAUUGUAGAGGCAUUUAUACGAGAUGUAUUAUUUGACAUGUACAAGAUUUAGAAUUAUGGCUUAUGUUUGUUUAUCAGUAUUGAGUGUCUGCAUUUCACACUUUACAGAACCAGAGUUUAUCUUUAGCUUGUAUGAUCAUGUUUUGAAACAUACGAUGUGCAUGUAUUAUUGUUACAGUAACCGUGUAUUAUGGUGGGUUUGCUAAAAGUUUAGAUUUGGCCUUACACAAUUGGCUUUUCUCACAGGUUAGAUUUGGCCUUACACAAUUGGCUCUUCUCACAGGUUACAUUUCUUUCAUAUGAAGACGAUAAUAUUUAAGCUGGCCUUGCCUUAGUAAUUAUUAUAUUUUAUUUGACUUUUUUUUAUUGAAAGGUUGAAUUUAAGAAAUGUUUCAUCCAAAGAAAUGAAAAAGUCUGACCAUACACAAUUGUUGUCAACACUGAGAAGGUCUGACGAUAUUAAACUAAAUGAAUGAGUUUAUUUACAGAACAUUCACAAUAUAUUGAUCUACCAUGGAUUUCUUGUUUGUCCAUUUAGUAACUUAUUGUUUACCAUGAUUGCCGUGAGUAUGUACCUGUAACUCAGGCCUAACAUUCUGAUUUUUGUGAAUGUCUUUGGGAAUUGGUAAAGCAAAAUUAACAUGGUGCAAUUUAUCUGAAUGUUUAUUACAUUUAUUUGUUGAUUUGUAUUUUAUAGAAGUAACUGAUCUGGAUGCUUGUUAUUUUACGAGUACAAAAGCCUUAUUUUAUAAGUAAGGUCAUUCAUACCAGCACAGCUGUAUGGUCAUAUUUGUAGGCAUUGUUGUUCACACUAGUUCAUCCAUACCAGUGUAUUGUCACCAAUCUCUUCAACCCAGUACAGCUGUAUUUUUCAGUUUUCUUGAUACUAGUGUCCCACAAGAUUAAACAACAGUGAAAAUAAAUGAACACCAUAUCAGUCUGUUACAGGGAACACACUUUAUCCCAGUACUAGCUUUUUACAAGCAAUGUGUUCCUUUUGUUCACUAGCAUAUCAGCUUGUUACAAGCAAUAUGUGCCACUCCUGUGUUCGCCUGUUGCAAGCGGUAUUAUUAUUCUAUUCAUGACCACAUCAGCCGGUUACAAGCAACACCGUUGGCUUCAUCCCAGUAUUAGUCUCAAAUUGUCCCAUGUUUUCCCCAGCUAUUCAGUUUCUCCUUUAGUCAAACCUGUGCAGUUGGAUAUGCU